AUAGAAUACAAUAAAUAUCGCUAGUUGUUAAUAGUUUGGUGUUUCACGUAAUCUUCCGUGCAGUACUUGUCAUUAGUUGAUCAGCUCUCGUAGGCGUCUGAUGUCAAUAUGUCAUUCACAUUUUAUGUCUAUGCAAAUGAAAAAAUUCUUCCUAAUAGCGUGGAAGGAAAUCCUCCACUUGUUGUGAGGGGAAGCAAUGAAACAGGACGUGGUGGAAGUAAUGAAACAGGACGUGGUGGAAGAGGACGUGGUGGAAGAGGACGUGGAGGAAGAGGACGUGGUGUAAGUGGACGUGGUGUAAGUGGACGUGAUGGAAGAGAAAAAAAAUUUGGAGGGUCUUGUAACUUUUGCCAAUUAAAAGGCCACAAGGCGGCAAAUUGUUCUGCUAAAGCUCAGUAUGUUGAAAAAAAAAGUAGACAGCAGCAGCUGCGACUACAACAAAAGAAAAUACAACAAAAAGAACAGCCAGAAAAAGAACAGCCAGAAAAAGAACAACAACAAUAUAAUAUGUGA